AUGGCCGCAAUCAACACCAGCACCAACACAUCCCUCCCAAUCGUCCCGCUCCUUCAGCCUCCCUCGCCCGACAUCAUCACCCAGCUCGUCGCCUUCCACCAAUCCUCCAUCCUCCACGACCGCAUGACCACCUGGUGGACCAAACGCCUUUCCACACUCCCCUCACCCGAGACACACGUCUUCUUAGCCCUCGCCCCGCCCCAAACCUCGCCAUUUCUAGUCAGUGGAGCAGCGGCGUCCGAGGGCAAGGUAGUGGGCAUCGUCAUCCUGAGCACGCCGGAGAGCGACACGCAGCAUUUCGUGGGCGACGUGCAGAUGUUGAUGAUUGAUCCCGACUUCCGCGGCAAAGGACUGGCGAAGCGGUUGAUGCAGGCGGUAGAGGAGCAGGCAAGGAGUCUGGGGCGGACAAUGUUGACUUUGGGCACGACGGUGGGAUGUGAGGCUGAUGCGUAUCUGUACCCGAAGCUGGGGUGGGAGAUUUAUGGGCGGUUGCCGGGGUAUGGCGAGCGGCCGCCAGCAGAGGACGGGACAGGGAAGGGAGAAAAAGUGGAUGGGGUAUUCUACUUCAAGGUCUUACGGUAG